CUGCUUAUUGUGAUCGUAAAGAAGGUAGUAAGUUUAAUCACGAUUUUAUUGUUUUUUUAAAAAUAUUGGUGUAUUUACAGCAGCUUAUACUUAAAAUCAAAUAGGUUAAUUUUUAUUGUUUCUUUUAUUUUCAGAUAUUGUCGAAUUUUUUUAUUGUCGAAUUUUUGAAAACAUAAGACAUAUAUAUUUUAUAUUUUUUUGUUGGCUCAGGUUUGUGCAACAUCUCUCCUUUAUUUUUUUAUAUUCAAUAAGAUAUGUCCAUAUUUUGUUUACUAAUGUUUAGCAAUCAGGAUAAAUUGCAGAUCGUUUCUGAAUUAUUUAUUUAUUGAAAAUUACUAAAUGUAAGUUGGUCUUUUGAUGUUUUUCUUCUGUAUGUUAUAAGAAAUUUCUGUUUUUAGUUAAAAAUGUCAUUAUCAGAGCAACUGCAGAAAUUACAGAUCCCAGGGGGUCCAUCUAUUCACCAGAAUUUGUCAUCAAAAGACUCCUUGCUUUUUGAUGCAAAAACAGCUGCUACAUUAACCAAUCAUGCAAUUUUUAAUAUUGGUAAAAGUGGAUUUGAUGAGUUGGUUUCAAUUGAUCCAAUCUUCAAUAUGUUUUCCAGUUCCUUGUUUGGCAAAACUGCCCUCGAUAUUGAUAGAAAUAUGCAAGAUAAGAAAUUCAAUGAGAAACUACAUAAAACGCUAGAAGAAUUUUUGAUUCUUCUUUCACCUUACUUGCUUUUAAAGCCUGCUCAAAAGGCAUUGGAAUGGUUAAUUCGAAAAUUUAGAGUUCAAACACUAGACAAAAAUGCUCUUAUGAUAUGUAUUUUGCCUUACCAUGAAACUCAACUCUUUGGACGGAUUGUUCAGUUAUUCGACAAAAAGAAAACGGGUGGUUUGUGGGAUUGUUUGAUACCUUGUUCUAACGCUGGGUCUGGGUUUAAUACAGAAAUGUUGGUAAAACAUGCUCUUGCUGACAACAAUUUCCUUUCAUUUAUUUGUGAAAUAGCCAACAGAGCCUUAAUCAUUACCAAAAAGCAUCCCAAUAUGAAGUCAGAUUUAAAGAUAUUGUUUUCCUUCCAUGCACGAGCUCUUGCUGCUGUGAUUGAUGUAUCUAUGACAAUCAAAGAAGAACUACUAUCAUUGCUGCUGCCUUUUAUUCAUGCUGGAUUAAAGUCUGAAUGCAAAGAUUAUAUAUGUUCAACCUAUAUGAUUGUUGCUCUAAUUAGUACAAAGGCACUGUUAGCCAAGGACCUAAAGAAGGCCAUUUUAGCUGCUAUUUUAAAGUUUCUUGAACCAGCUUGGUAUGAAGAAGGAAUUCUCUGUCUCAUCAACAUUAUGGUAUAUCAAAAUGUCCAAAAAUUUUCACCCAGGAUAUUUGGAUUUUUGUUGUCGCUCGAGAAACAUUUACUUAUUGAUGUGCUACAAAAAUUAAAAAGAGAGCAUAAUAUUGAUGUGUUUAUUAAUUGCAUAAUACCCCCACUAGUUGAAUCUAUUGCAGCUGCAACAGAACUGGCAGAGACUUCUGCUGUUUUGUUAACUAGCAUUGUAGAUGGUUUUGCAUUGAGUGAAGAUCAAGUUACUGAAUUAUUAAGAUGCUUGAUUAAUGAAGUAAUAAAGAAUGAUGACAAAGAGGGCAACCAGACUACAGCAGAAGAUAUCAUUCGUAUCUUGGCAACUAGGUUUUGUUUAAUAUUUGAUGAUGUUAUAUCGACAUACUUCAACUUGUUUGCAAAGAAGAAAGAAAAAAGCUCCAUGAUAGUAUUGACCCGAAUAACAAGCAAAUGUUUAUCUGCUGUAAAACACCAGUUGGUAGAAAGUGUUGAUUUGCCCUUGAUAUUGAGUUUAAAUCACCCAAAAAGGGCUAUACGAUGUGCUGCUGUUCAGCAACUGUCUGUGUCAUUCCAUUCUGGUGGUCAUGAAUAUGACAGUGAAUUCUUUAAACAAACAAUAAUAGCAAGGUUAAAUGACGAUAGUGCACUAGUUGUUGAGGAAACAAUAAAGUGUUCCAACAUGGUGCUGUCAAUUUUAUCAAUAGAUGAGUUGCUUGAAAAUCUGAUAAAGCUAAUGGAAAGAAGUGAUUUUCAAUUUAAUCUUAACAAUCUUAUUAUUGGGGUUGUUACAAACAUUCACAAUGCCUCUUCUCGAUAUGUUGAUGAGUUUGUUUAUGCUUUAUUUGGUCAGCUCUUUUACAUUUUUGCCGGUAAAAAGAACAAAAAAAUGGUAGAGGCUUUAGAGUCUGCUGAUGUAAAAACUGACAAUGUCUUUUUGAGAGGUAUCAAAAAGAGCCUGCGUAACCUGCCCAAAAAUAAAUCCAAAACAGGUUGUAAUGUUGAUGUAACUGUACAGGCAUAUGAAUGUUUACUAAAAUGUGUGGCAGAUGAACUGAUGAUUGUUGACAAUGGAAUCCAGUUUCUGAAGAAAUUCUGGUUGUUUCAACUUGAACUGUCAGAUUCCCAUAUUUUGCGUUUUGUUGCAAUCAUACUAAUCAACCAUUUGGUAGGUGAACAACCAUCAGAGUUUCUUUAUGAAGUUACAAAUCUGCCAUUUCAGAAGUAUUUUGAGCUAAGUGCUCAAUGUAAUGCUGAAAGAAUUCUUAAUCGACAUACUGAUGGCAGAGAUCUUCAAAGUAUGUGCAAUAUGCUUUUUAAAAGUAUAUCUGAGGAAGACAACAAAGAGAAAGGUCGUAUAGAAUGUGCUUUUGUGGCUUUUCUGCAAAAUAUGUUAGAAAACUUCUCAAAUAAUUUAGGUACAGACGAUAUUGAAAAAAGUAUUGAAAGCAAGAAAAAGAUUUUUGUCCUACUUGCAGAAGAAUCUGUUAAAAAUGAAUUGCAGUUGGUAAAAGUACAUCGCUCCCUUUUAAAAAGUUUUCUUACUACAUGUUUCAGCACAACAGAGAGUCUAAUAUCUUUCCUCUGCAAUAUCUAUGUGCGUUUGAUUGAGAAUGACUGUAAAGAAGAAUAUGAUGUCCGAGCAGGCUUAUGUGCAUUACAUGUAAUGACACGAUACCUACCCUUACUUGAUGUAAAAGUCCUAAUGCUUAAUGAUGUCCAAGUGAUUCCUACCUUGUUGUGUCUUCUAAUGUUUUCUGUCUCGGCAAUUAGAAAAGUUGCUAUGGAGAAUAUUAAAAUUAUUUAUCAAAAAACUAAUAAAGACAAGAAAAAUGGAUGGAAUUUUCUUCUUAGCUGUGUAACCAACAUCAAAAACGAGAUAGAACUCGAUGCGAAACAGUUUAAAAGGAUGUUACAAGCCCUAUAUGUUCUCACAACCAAUAAAAGGAAAAGUGAGUUUGCAGGCUUGAUGCCAACAAAAGAGAAAUCUUUAAAGGAAGAAGACAAACAGAUUGCCUCCCUAAAGCAUCUUUUCGCCACAUUAGUUCCAUGUAAUGUUGCUGUCAAAAUAUACAUGGUGGUAGCUUUAGAGCGUGUCCACAACAAGUUAGUGAUCGGUGAUUUCGUAAAAAUGGUCAAGCCAUUAUUAAGUCUAGAUCAUCUACAGUGUCAAGAAACAAAGUUGGUCAGUUUAAUAUUGAAAAGAAUAGAACCUGAUAUAUUAAAUGAAGACCAUGAAUUAUUUGAAGGUGUUUUGAAGUGUUUGAACUGGCAAUCAUCUUUGCAAUCAACAAGUUUGUCUUUGAUAACAAAACAAUUUUAUGAUGGACUUUUUCCAGAAAAGAAAUUACAAUUGCUUGAAAAAUUAUUAGAGACACUUCUAACGUCCCACAGUAUUUUAACAGCAACAGAUAUUAGAGUAAUUCUGCGAAAUGUAAAUCUUUCGAGUGACCAUACCUGCAAACAGAUCGACAAGUUUUCUAAAGAAUUUGACCAAUAUUUUAAAUCAGCAAAAAGAGCUACCCAUAUUGAGAGUAAUGACAAUGAACAACCACAGUUUACAAAAUUCAACUCAUGGUGCUCAAUGACCGAGGUAUUGGAAGCAAUUUCAAAUCAAGAUGUUAAUCCUGAUAAACCAAACGUACUCGCAUUGGGAUUGUUUGAUGUUCUCGAAAGAUGCUUAAAGGUUCAUCACUUAUCUGUUGAAUAUAUGAAGCAACUUUCAUUAGGCAUUUUACACAAAUUAACGAGGCUAAAUACAUUCAGUCUUGCUGAGGAUAAGUUUAAAGUAGAGCUAUUAAUUGAAUGUUUGCAAAAUCCUUCAGAUGCAAAGACAAAUGAGAAUUGCUUGCAGGUGCUUAGUGGGGCAGCUAAGUUGUAUCCUACUCGUGUGUUGCAUAAUGUUAUGCACAUAUUUACAUUUAUGGGAGGUACAAUGCUAAAAAUCGAUAACAAGCACAGUUUUAGUGUUAUCAUUAACACAAUUGAUGCAGUAGUCCCCAUUCUAGUUCAGAAAAAUUCUUUAACUGAGUCUAAGAAGAGAAUGUCCUCUUCGUCCACAGAUGAAAUUGUCAUUUUCAUACUUCAGACGUUUAUUGAUUCAAUCCCUUAUUGUCCUGAACACCGGCGCCAACAUAUCUUGAAGCAUUUGCUUUCCGUGUUGGGUGUAGAAGAACAUCUUCAUCUAGUUAUGUUGCUUUUAAUUAAGAGGGUCAUUCAGCAAACGACUCGUCAAUUGCCUCUUUCUGAAGAUGAGGAUAUGGAGCUAUCACCUGUAUCAUUAGAGUUUUGUAGAGACUUCUUCUGCAGUUACCAAAUUUCGCGGCAGAUAUAUGCUUUAUCUGGUAUUGUAUCUUACUUGAAUUCAACAAUUCAACCUACGGGAAAGAAGGAAGAAAAUAAUUUGUAUAGCUUGUUGUUUACAAAGAAGGAGAAUAACGACAAGCAACAGAAAACGUUCUUGUUUACAACAGUCACCCUGAUUUUUGAUGUACUGCAAAAUGAGAAGUUAAUAGAGGGCUACAAUAACAUGAAAAAGCAGAAACAGCAGCAAUUAACUGAACUUUAUAUGAGCUUAUUAGAAGAGCUUUUAUGUUCUGUUGAAAGCUUGAGUCACUUUGCUCAACAGAAAUUACAAGAAAAUGCCCAAAGAUACUGGAAAAACAUUAUUCAAAGGACACAUGAUGUUGUUGGUAAAGUGUACAACCUGUUGCCUUUUGAUCCUUUUAUAUCUGUCAUCUCUGGACUUCUGGCAAAAGAGAGUUCAAUGAUCCGCAAAAAAUCAUUUGAACUACUUUGUACUAAAUUAGGUGACAUAGAAGAGUUCACAAACGAGCAGGAACAAAAUCUCAUAAGCUUGCUCCACAAAAUCGUGGAGUUACUGAAUCCCCUCGAAAACAAUGAAAUAAGUUUCGAAGAAAGCGAUAUCAACAAGCAACUGAUCCUGUAUAUCAUUAAGUUGCUUGCAAACAAGCUGUGCAAGAACUUUAGUACAUCGUUCUUAGAAAUUCUACCCAGAAUUAUUCAGUUGUAUGGCAAUGAAGCAUGUAAUCAAUUAGUUAGUAUCAAUGCAGUACUUUGUGUUGCGCAACUAUGCUCACAUCUCAAGGCUGAUAUUUUGCCCCAUCUACCAAUGCUUCUAACACCCAUACUGGAUAAAAUUAAUGCUGACUUGACAGUGGACAACAAGAAUUGUGUGCUGCUUCUGUCAAGCUGUAUUACUGCUCUUCACAAAGUAUUACAAUGUGUGCCGAUGUUUCUCAGUCCUCACAUUUCAGACAUGUUACAUAAAGUUGCAAUUUGUGAAUUUAUUAAUCUGAAAAUAAAUGAUGAUGUAUUGUCGAAGAAAAUCAUGUUGGUCAAAGAAGAUAUGGGCAAAUUAUUACCUCCUAGAGUCCUCUUUCCUGCAAUCGAUGUUUGUUUUGAUAAACUUCUUGCUACAAACAAGAAGUUAUUGGUAACUAUUGUUGAUGUGUAUCGCUUUAGUUUUAAACAUAUUUCGAAGGCUGACGCAAAUGUUAAUUUUACUUCACUGAUUACAAAGAUAUUUAAGAAAAUCUUUGACAUUCAAUCAGACAUGGUUUCUGAAGAUGAUGGUUUUCUUAAAAGUCUGGAAGACUUAGGCAUACAAGCAUUUUGUGAUUUAGUUUUCAAGCUUUCUGAAAAUACAUUGAGACCAUUGUAUUUGGAGUUUUUUAAUUGGUCAACGCAGGAAGACAUCAUCUCAAAAAAGUUAAUAGUCUUUUACAGAUUGUCAGUGGCUCUUUCAAAGUCCUUGAAAAGUUUGUUCCUGCUUUUUGUCGGAUAUACACUUAAGAAAUCAAUGGAGAUAUUAAAAGACCUGAAUACCAUAAAUCCCAAUUUUAAGAAUUUAACACACAUUGCAAAGACGUCAUGCCAGGAAUUAGUUGAGAGUGUACUGGACACUCUUUGUAACACAUUUCAUUUUGAUACACAAGGUUUUAUGAAUAAAGAAAGAUUUGAUUCCAUGAUGCAACCGUUGGUUGAUCAGCUUGAAAAUGGCAUAUAUGACUCAAAGUCCUACCCAUCUUUUGUGAAAAUCCACCUAUCGCCGUGUCUUGUUAAUUUGGCUUCUGCUGUUAAUGACACUGCGUGUUGGAAGCCAUUAAAUCAUCAAAUGCUCUUAAAAACCAAAAGCGACAAUUCUAUGGUUCGCUUGGCUUCCCUACAAGUAAUGGAAGAGAUCUACCACCGAAUGGGCGAGAGUUAUAUGGUCUUCGUACCAGAAACAAUACCCUUCUUAGCCGAAAUACUGGAGGAUGAUUCAUUCGCGGUGGAGAGACAGUGCCAGAAAGUGAUCAAACAGAUUGAAGACAUCACUGGAGAGUCACUGCAAAAGUACUUUUAAGAAGAAAAAAUGCAAUUUAAAUUCA